CUGUCAUGUGACCUCUGUGAUUCUAUAUUGUCGCCAGCUGCGACUUCAGCUGCUCAGAGGAACCCGGUGGAACCCAGAAGAACCCAGUGGAACCCAGAAGAACCCAGUGGAACCCAGAAGAACCCAGUGGAACUCAGUGGAACCCAGAAGAACCAGGUGGAACCCGGUGGAACCCGGUGGAACCCAGAAGAACCCGGUGAAGAUGCAGUUGGUGGUGUUGUGUUACUUCCUGUCGUCUCUGCUGGGCAGCGACGCGGCGCCGGCAGAAGAUGAGGUGACCUUCCUGCCUGGUCUGCAGAAACAGCCGAGUUUCAGACAUUACUCUGGUUACCUGAGUGUGGCCGACGGAAAACACCUGCACUACUGGUUGGUGGAGUCCCAGAACGACCCGUCCUCUGACCCGGUGGUGUUGUGGUUGAAUGGCGGCCCCGGCUGCAGCUCUCUGGACGGACUGCUGACCGAACACGGACCCUUCCUGAUCCAGGAUGAUGGAGUGACUUUGCAGUACAACCCUUAUUCCUGGAACAAGCUUGCCAACAUGUUGUACCUGGAGUCUCCAGCAGGAGUUGGUUUCUCGUACUCUGAUGAUAAGAAUUACGUGACAAACGACACCGAGGUGUCUAUGAACAACUUCCUGGCUCUGAGGGAAUUCUUCCGUUUGUUCCCAGAGUUCAGCAAGAACAACCUCUUUCUGACCGGAGAGAGUUACGGAGGAAUCUACAUCCCGACGCUGGCAGAGCGAGUGAUGGAGGACGCCACCCUCAACCUGCAGGGCGUUGCCGUGGGAAACGGUAUGUCGAGUUACGAGAUGAACGAUAACUCUCUGGUGUUCUUCGCCUACUACCACGGCCUGUUGGGGAGCGGACUGUGGAGCCGGCUGCAGACGUUUUGCUGCAGCGACGCGACGUGCAACUUUUACAACAAUCAGGACCAGAACUGCUCUGCCAGCGUGUCGGAGGUUCAGGACGUCGUCUACAGUUCAGGUCUGAACAUGUACAACCUGUACUCGUCAUGUCCAGGUGGAGUUGGACAGAGAGUCAGUGUGGAGCGAGGCGACCUGGUGAUCAGGGAUCUGGGGAACUCGUUCAUCAAUCAUCAGUGGACUCAGCUGUGGAACCAGAAGUUUCGAGUUCUGGCAUCUCGCCACCUGUCCGUCCGUCUGGACCCCCCCUGCACAAACUCCACCCCCUCCUCCCUCUACCUGAACAGUCCGUACGUCAGAGCCGCGCUGCACAUCCGCCCUGAGGUCCCGGACUGGGUCAUCUGCAGUGCGGAGGUGAAUCUGAACUAUGGUCGUCUGUGUCUGGACGUCAGGAAACAGUAUCUGAAGCUUCUCUCUGCUCUGAAGUACCGGGUCCUGGUGUAUAACGGCGACGUGGACAUGGCGUGUAACUUCAUGGGAGAUGAGUGGUUCGUUGAGUCUCUGCACCAGCAGGUGCUGGUUCAGAGGCGUCCAUGGUUCUAUAACGAUGAAGACGGUCGACAGGUCGGAGGCUUCGUCAAAGAGUUUAACAACAUCGCCUUCCUCACAGUCAAGGGCUCUGGUCACAUGGUUCCAUCAGAUAAACCAGUCGCUGCCUUCGCCAUGUUCACCAGAUUUAUCAAGAGACAACCCUACUGACCUGAGGGGCACCCACGUCCUGCCAGCCAAUCAGCACAGCUCUCUACUGCGUUGCUAUUGUGUGGUUGUCAUGGAAACGAUCACUGCCAUCAGUUUCUUUAAUGUGAAGCUUCUUCUGCUGUAUGUUUUUGGUUUAAGAACCAGUUCAAUAAAGUUUGAAACAAAAA